GAAAUGGCGGCCGAUGGUGGGAAGUGUUCGCUGCAGCUACCCUGCGUUUUUUCACCUAAAUCACGACAGUACUUAGCAUUGUGUGCCCAGGAUGGCAGACUUCGCAUUUGGAACACAGAUAGUAAAACACUUCAGCAAGAAUAUGUGCCUUCAGCCCAUUUGAGUGCCACUUGUACCUGCAUUGCUUGGGGACCAUGCCGGACAGUCAAGGAGGGGCCUCAGAGGAAGAAGAGGAAAUCGGAGGCUGGGCAGGUGGAGGAGAAGGCAGACCUCUUGGCGAUGGGCACAGCAGCGGGCAGUGUGCUCAUCUACAGUACAGCAAAGGGAGCACUGCACUGUACCCUGGAUGGAGGCCAUAGUGGAGGAGUGAAUUGUGUCCAAUGGCAUCCUGAAGACAGUUUAUUGUACAGUGGCUCAGAUGAUACCAACAUUAUAGAGUGGGACCUGCAGACGGGCAAGACGCGAAGUAAGUGGAAAGCGGACCGUGCAGCAGUGACCAGUCUGUGUGUGAGCCCUGAUGGCAAACUGCUGCUUUCAGCUGGUCAGACAAUCAAGAUGUGGGACUUGGACACCAAGGAGGUUUACAGGAAGUUCACAGGCCACUCCACGGCUGUGACGACCCUGCGCUUUGCCACCACGCGACCUCCUGACAGCAAUGGUCUCUAUUUCCUGUCUGGUGCUGCACAUGAUCGACUGCUCAGUGUUUGGCAAGUACGAGAGGAUGGAAAGGACAAGAAUUCAGUGGUGUCCUUCACGCUGACGGACGAGCCGCAACACAUUGAUCUUGUCACAUCCAACAACAAAGAAGAGGCGGUGAGGCUGGCAGUGGUGUGUAAGGAUGGGCAGCUUCAUCUCUUUGAGCACUUUUUAAAUGGGCCCUGUAAGAAACCCAUGUCACCCUCGUGUACGGUGCAGAUGUCGGACACAAAGGACUCCCCAGUGCCAAUCCCACUGCUGGCUGCUGCCCUCGGAGCUGAUACGCGGACAGUCGUUCUGGCCUAUGGCAACCAUUUACAGCCUGUCAUGGAGAAAGUGGAGAUCAACACAGCAGAGAGACAUGUCUGUUUGACCCGGGAUGUUCAAACCAGCUUGUCCCUUUCCAUGGAAACCACAGUUUCCAAGGUGAAAACUCCAGUUGUCAACGCCAAAAGCAGAGUGUUGGUCCCAGGGCUUCCUGGUCACCAAGCACCAGUCAAGGGAACCUCACAGGGUUCAGAGAAGAGGAAAAAAGACACAGACACCAAAGAGAUGUCGAUAGCAGAGCGACUCGGCGAAAUUGAUCUGUCUUCAGUCUCCGAGAAGGGAGCUCCUAAAGGGACGGCCUCUUUACAGACAGACAAUUUUGCUGUGCUGCUCGUGCAGGGCCUGGAAAGCAGCGAUGCCAACAUCUUAAAUAAAGUUUUUCAGACUCGCAAAGAGAUGGUAAUAAAGAAGACUGUUGCUCGGUUACCACUUCCUGCUGUUUUACCUUUGGUGGAAGAGCUCACAAAGAGGCUCCAAGGGCACCCUUUUACGGCAGUUUUAAUGGUACGGUGGCUCAAGGCAGUAAUCAUGCACCACACUUCAUACCUGGCAUCGCUGCCAGACCUGGUUACCCAGCUGGGAGUGCUUUAUCAUAUGAUUGAGAGCAGAGUGAAAUUGUUCCACAAGCUAACAAAGCUGCAUGGGAAACUGUAUCUCCUAAUGACACAGGUGGCGACAAGUGACAGCAGCACCACAGUUACAGAUGUUGACCACACAGCUAAGCUUGUGUAUGAAGAGGAAUCAUCUGAUGAAGAUGAGGCCUCUGGUGACGAAGGUCUUCCUAAUGAUGACUCUGAUAACUGGGAAGAGGAGGAGACGAUGGAAGAAGACAAGGACGAACAAGCAGAUGAGGAAGAGGAGGAUCCAGACCGCAGAACAGAUUCCAAAGCUAAUGGAGAGGAAGAUAUGGAGCACGGAAACGAGAGCGAGGAGGAAUGAGAACGAAUGAGGAGAAAUGCCAAUCACACAAAAAAUGGACCUGAAAGAGUUAUAUAUACUUUCAUUUUAUUUUCAUGCCUUUGAUUUUAUUAUCAGAACAAAGUAUGAUUUUACAAAAUCAAGGGACACAUGUUAUUGAAAGGCGGGCAGCUUGGUCUCCUGCCUCGCCACAACACAGUUCAGCCAUGAGAAUGGUGAUGUCGUGCUGCCCUUUUCCCCGUCUGAGGAACAGAUGCAACAUUUGGGGGGAAAAGGCAAAACAAUCUGUAAAAUGAAACUGAUGCAAGUUCCCCUUUCUGCUGUCAGUUCAGUCUGCAUCCCAGCUCUACAUCCUGAUGAGUUUGCAUCGAAACUGACUGAAAGAUAAUGUGUUCCAGUUUACCUGCACUGCAGUCUGCAUUCCAAAUUUUAUGUCACUCUAUAGUAUUAGAGUAUGUUGUUUGACCAGGUUAACAGUAGAUGAGACAGCACUCUGUCUGUCAUUGGUUUAUUCUAACCCCAACUCUGUAGGUCAACUGGAACACGGCUUGUUCGGCGGAGGACGCAGACGCAAACACAGUGCAGGUGUGGAGUUGGGAUUCAGGGGCCCCCAGCUGUUUGUUGUACAGAAUACUGCUCGAUCCAGUGGUGGGCUUGCCAGGCAAGGCCGUACAUCAUGUCCCCACACAAUGUAAAUCUGUAUGUACACUGAAGUGUUUGUAUGAGCUCUUCCCUCUACAGCUAUCCCUGAGAAAUCCUUGGGAUUAAAUGAUCUCCUGUAAAGUCUCCUGAAUGCUGUUUUUGUUUUUAUUGUUCCCAGAUUUGUUGCAGCACUCUUGUUUUAACUCUUUUUGUCCGUUUUGUGCGUUUAUAGUUCCUGGGCAUGCCCUUAUGUCCACUGCCUUGAACCCAUAGUCACAGGGGCAGCUGAGAAAAAGAAAAUGUGAACUUUGCUCAAAUAGGUGAAUAAAUGGGUUUUCAAAAUGGCUCACUGUGUCUGGUGGGGGGGUGAGAAGCAUACUGAAUAAGUAAUAAGACUGUCUAAGGCGGCCAGUAUACUGAAGCUACACAGGAUGCUGCUCUUUUAAUCUGCCUGAUUUAGGCAUUGCAAUAACCAAAGUGACAUUUGUUGAAUUUGCAUAUUUUAGGCGUUCCCAGGCACUAGGUGAGUGGGCUAUCUGGGUUUAAAAAAAACCCUCCAGCAUGAUUUUUGUAAUUUCUUAUUGUGUUGAUGUAUAAUGUGACAUUUAUAUAAGAAACUUAAUGGAAAAAUUAGAGAAGAAAGUCUGUUUUUGCCUAAUCCAGUUAGUAAAAAAAAGUUUGAAGAAUUGCAUUGAUGU